AUGCGGAACAGUGGCGGGAAGAGGUGGCUGCUGCUGCUGCUGCUGCCGCUGUCGCAGUGGGUCCUCAUCCUUGGAAGCCUCCAGCUCCCGGCGGCCGGCGGCAGCGGCCACGUCGUCACGCGCAUGCGCGGGUUCGACGGGCCACUCCCGUUCUACCUCGAAACCGGGUACGUGGAGGUGGACGAGCAGCACGGCGUGCAGCUCUUCUACUACUUCGUGCGCUCGGAGAACGACCCCGAUGAGGACCCGUUGCUGCUGUGGCUGUCCGGCGGCCCAGGCUGCUCCGGCAUCUCUGGCCUUGCCUACGAGAUAGGACCCUUACAAUUUGAUGCCCAGGGCUACAGAGGUGGAUUCCCCACUCUGCUCUACCGACCUGAGACAUGGACCAAGGUGAGCAACAUCAUAUUUGUGGAUUCGCCUGUGGGGACUGGGUUCUCGUACGCCAAGACCAAGGAAGGGCUUCAGACCGGUGACACCAAAGCAGUGAAGCAGCUAGUCAUUUUUCUCAGAAAGUGGCUCCAAGACCAUCCCCGGUUCCUGUCGAACCCUCUUUAUAUUGCUGGAGAUUCAUACAGUGGUCUCAUCAUUCCUACUCUUACAUUAGAAAUUGAUAGAAGCAUAGAACUCGGUGAAAAGACACUUUGCAGUCUCAAGGGGUACAUUGCUGGCAACCCGUUGACUGACAAGCAGUUUGAUACAGACGGCCAAAUUCCAUUUCUUCAUGGCAUGGGACUUGUAUCAACUGAACUUUACGAGAACACUAGGGAGAACUGUGGUGGAAAAUAUAGUCCUCCAUUGAAUGCGACAUGCGCAGAGGCUGUCCAAGCUAUCAACAAUUGCACACGGGAUAUCAAUAAGCAAUACAUCCUUGAUCCUGCUUGCCCGGACGAUGAUCUGUGGAGCCCCAAGACUGUAGCAGAGACAGAUGGAAUGAGUAGGGUGAUGCUAGAGUCUGCACUGCUUGGUUCCAAAUGUACACAAGCUUUAUACAUUCUAUCCUACACUUGGGGGAAUGAUGAAACAAUUCAGGAGAGCCUUGGUGUCCGCAAGGGGACAAUUGGAGCGUGGAAACGAGCUAACCAUGAAUUGCUUUACAAUUAUGAAAUCCAGAGUGUAGUGGGGUACCAUUCAAGGCUAGCCACAAAAGGAUACAAGGCGCUGAUAUACAUCGGCGAUCACGAUGCCGGCGUAACCGUUGUUGGCACACAAGCAUGGAUUAGGUACCUCAACUUGACCAUCGUAGAUGAUUGGCGACCAUGGUACGUUGGUGGGCAAGUUGCUGGAUUCACAAGGAGUUACGCGAGCGGCCUAACAUAUGCAACUGUGAAGGGUGCUGGACAUGUUGCACCAAUGUAUAAGACCUCGGAGUGCCAAAAAAUGUUUAUAAGAUGGAUUUCAGGCGAUCCUCUUUGA